AUGGACACGGGACAACUCCGGAACCGGCUGUCCCGAGCCGGCCAGGACCAUCUGCUGCAAUUCUGGGAGGAGCUGACCGAGCCCCAGCGACGGGAGCUGUUCCGGGAGCUGGAGGCCAUGGACUUCGAGGAGCUCAACGGCUUCUUCCGAAGAGCCAUGGACGGUUCCGAUCAGGCCGCGGGCCAGGGGAAGGUGGACGAUGCCCGCAUGGAAGCGGUACCCCGGGACAUCCUGGGCAGCACCAGCCGGGAUCGGGAGGAGCUGGACGCUUGGGAGAGGGAAGGCCUGCUGCACAUUUCCCAGAGUAGAGUCGCCGUUCUCCUCCUCGCCGGGGGCCAGGGGACGAGGCUCGGGGUGGCCUACCCCAAGGGGAUGUACGACGUGGGGCUGCCUUCGCACAAGACCCUCUUCCAGAUCCAAGCGGAACGCAUCCUGAAGCUGCAGCGCCUGGCGGAGGAGCGCCUCGGCCGCCAGUGUACCAUUCCUUGGUACAUCAUGACCAGUGGCCGGACGAUGGAAUCCACCCAGGAGUUCUUCUCUAAGCACAGACACUUUGGCCUGAAAAAGGAAAACGUGAUCUUCUUCCAGCAGGGAAUGCUGCCUGCCAUGGGCUUCGAUGGGAAAAUCAUCCUGGAGGAGAAGAGCAAAGUGUCCAUGGCUCCAGACGGGAAUGGUGGCCUGUACCGGGCCCUGGCUGCCCAGAAUAUCGUGGAGGACAUGGAGCGGAGGGGCAUCUGGAGCGUCCACGUCUACUGCGUGGACAAUAUUUUGGUCAAAGUAGCCGACCCUCGGUUCAUCGGCUUCUGCGUUCAGAAAGGAGCGGACUGUGGCGCCAAGGUGGUGGAGAAGACGAACCCUACGGAGCCGGUCGGGGUGGUGUGCAGAGUGGACGGCGUAUACCAGGUGGUGGAGUACAGCGAGAUCGCCCUGGGGACGGCCCAGAGGCGCGGCGCGGAUGGCCGGUUGCUUUUCAACUCGGGGAACAUUGCCAAUCACUUCUUCACCGUGCCCUUCCUCAGAGACGUGGUCAGGAUCCACGAGCCCCAGCUGCAGCACCACGUGGCCCAGAAGAAGAUUCCGUGUGUGGACCCUCGGGGGCAGCCCGUGAAGCCCGACAAACCGAAUGGGAUAAAGAUGGAAAAAUUCGUCUUCGAUAUCUUUCAGUUUGCCAAGACAUUCGUGGUAUUCGAGGUGUUGCGGGAGGACGAGUUUUCCCCGCUGAAGAACGCCGAAAGCCAGAACGGAAAGGACAACCCCACGACGGCCCGGCACGCCCUCAUGUCCCUGCAUCACUGCUGGGUCCUCAACGCUGGGGGACACUUCGUCGACGAGAAUGGCUCCCGCCUGCCUGCCAUCCCCCGCAGUGCUACCCGCGGAAGGUCAGAGUUCAUCUCAGCCGAUGCCAAUCACAACCUGAAGGACGCCAAUGACCUGCCAAUCCAGUGUGAAAUCUCCCCACUCAUCUCAUACGCUGGAGAGGGCCUGGAAACUUAUGUGGCGGGCAAGGAAUUCCGGGCCCCCCUCAUCAUCGAUGAAAACGGGGUCCGCGAGCUAGUGGAGAACGGCAUCUGAGCGCGGAGCCAGUGUCCGGCCGUGGGGACCACGGACCCGGACCAGCGGCUGCCAUGGCCUUGGAGUGGGCCCGUGGUCCGACGCCUGCAUCAUAGCUGGCUCCCGCUCCACUGCGUUCCAGCGUUGCGGAAGAUCCGGCCCUCGGGGGCUCACUACCGAUCCCAGGAUCCCAGGUGGACGGGUCUCCCAGGCCCAAGUCAAACGCGGCCCCGGACACUCCCCCGGCUCUGGCAUGGUGACGGGACCUCUCCGUGGCCUUGAGCUGGGGAAAUUUAUUUUUGCAGUUGUACAUAGUAAUAAAUAAUGGAUGCUUCGGGGCUUUUA